AUGUCUCAAUAUAACCAAUCUUUUACCACUCAACCUGGUUAUCCUCAACCAGUUAAUGUUCAACCAUUGUCUUAUAACCCUGCCAUUCAACAAUUUUCUCAACCACAAUAUGGUCAACCAAUGAGCCCAUCUCUGCAACCAAGUCCAUCAACUCCAAAUUCUUCUUUCACAAAGCAAUCUGGAGGUUCUUUCCACAUGCAACAAGAUCCAGCUCUAAUUCAAUCAAACACACCAAGUCAACCAGUUCUCGAGUGUAAGAAUUUGUUACCUUUUAUUGUUAAUGAUAAGCUUGUAAAGAAUACUUUUUGGGCAACUGGUGGUAAUAUCCUAAUCAAGAUAUUCAUAUUUGUUGUCAAUAAGUUUAUUCUCAUGGGUUUAGGUGAAGCUCUGAUGGUCAAUUACAUUACCAGAAGAGAAGUUAAAAACAUGAGAAUUGGUAACAGAAUGUUGAGCUACAAAUCAAGAGGAAACUUCAAGAUGGCCCUCCUAUGUGUUGUUAAUUGGAUAUUGAACAUAUUCUCAUGUGGUUUAUUCUACAUUCUUGGUUAUAGUCAUAUCAUGUACCUUUCUCAACUCGAUGCCAGAAUUCACUGGGGAAAACCAGCUAAAAUUUCCAAGAAGAGUCAAUGA